AUGAGUAAAAGUGAUGAAAGAGAGUUUUCCUCCCCUCUGGAUGUUACCAAUUUUGAGAAGCUAUGGAAUAUAAUGCCAGUGGCAGGAACUAAAAUCAGGGAAUACAAUGGACAGAUGCAGGGAAUUACCAGCGUGGGAUUUGCAUCCUUGACAUUUGAUGGAACUGUAGGAGCACCAGUAGUUCCUCGAACCUCUAGCAAAGUGUACACUUUCAUGGAUGAAGAACAGAAAACAAUAGAAGAAUUACGUGUUUGGGCAGCCAGUAAUCUUUCCAUCUCUGGACCAGCAGCAAAAUUGUCUGGUGUUCAGCCAAUGCUGUUCUUUGAUCUCACUUGCCAGCUGGUAGGAAAAGCAAAAGUGGAUGGAUCUUCUUUUCUUCUAAAGGUAUGGGAUGGCACAAAAUGUCCCUAUCCAACAUGGAAAGUGCCUGUGGAAGCAAAAGACCUGGAAGGAGAAAAAGUUCUUCUCCAUCAGCUGCGAAAUCUAAUAGUGGACAUUCUAGUCUAUGACAACCAUGUACAACUGGCAAAAUCACUUAAGAUUGGAAGUUUUCUGAGAAUUUACAGUAUUCAUACGAAACAAGCAAGUGCUGACGAUGAAGGUGUCUCACAUAUAGAAUUUCAUCUUCAUGGUGGCACCUGUUACGGUCGAGGAAUAGGAGUCUUACCAGAAAGUAACCCGGAUAUUAAGGAACUAAAAGC